AUGUCGACGUUUAUCUUUACGUCUGCAAGGAGGCAGUCAUCUCGUUUCCGCCAUAUCAGUCCGAUAAAACUGGCUACUUCUUAUUUCUUGUCUACAAAAAUAAGAUCAGUAACAGGCAGUAUUUUUGAGCGAAUUCCUAAAGAGGAGCUGGCACCCAAAACCAGACCACGGCUGCGAGACAGGGAGUUUCUCCCAGGCUCAACGGGUGAAGGAUUCCCAGAGUUCUUGGCGGAGCCAAGUGACUCUUUCCCUCACGGAGUGCGAGUCAAUACUAGAGACCAGUCCUCUAUCUCAGAACUGGGUGCAAAUUGCAUGAAAUACAUAAAGGAAAGCCUUACUGAUAGCCAAGCGAUAUUGUUCCGCGGACUUCCAGUUGAAACAGCAGAGGACUUCUUGGCCUUAACCGAAGGAAUGCGAGGCAAGCCUCUGAACUACGAGGGUGGUACUGCACCCAGACCCAAGGAAAUAGAAAAUUCUGAUAUCUACUUUGCCAGUGCUGAGCCUGGAGCGUACACCAUCGAGUUACACAAUGAAAUGGCGUAUCUCAAGACUUUCCCCAGGAAGGUAUUUUCAUGAUAAAACACAGACGGCUAAUGCUGAGGCACCAGGGUAUUUUCUGGGCGCUCCAAACAUCAGCAAAACUUCCACUAGGUUUACGAUGCGCUAUUGUUAAUUCAGUAGUUCUUUCACUCAUGUGUACGUUCCUUCAUUUGUGGAUACUGUGGUGUACUUUGGUUCAUUCGUUAUUCCACCAGUUCGUUUUUCCAUUCAUUCGUUCGUUCGUCCAUUUUUUCAUUCGUUCUUUCGUUCAUUGGCUUACUCGCCCAUUUGCUAAUUAGUUUAUUGGUUAAUACGUUGAAUUCUUUGUCCAUUCGUUGAUUUUUUUAUUUACGUUUGUCCUUUCAUUCAUUUCUUCUUCCACUUUAGGUAUUUUUUUUCUGCCUAAAAGAGCCUGGCGAGAAUUGUGGUGGCGAGACACCGCUGGGUAAAUGCAGUGACAUUGUACUCAAACUUGAUCCCGAAGUCGUGAAAAUAUUCGAGGAAAAAGGAGUAAUGUAUGCACGACAUCUGCCGGACAAAUCACGAUCAGACUACAUGCCCUGGCAGCAUCAGUUUUACACUGACGACAGAAAGGUAAUACAACUUGGUUCACGUCAGGAAUCCCAUGUAAGAAUUGAUUGUCCUUUAAAGACCAAAAAAAUUGUGGAGAUUUAAAAAAAAAAUGACGAUUUUCAGUCUCCGUUUAUUGAAUUCACACUGAUGACUUUAUUUACUCUUUUAGGCAGCAGAAAUAAGAGCACAGCAGCGAGGUAACACUGUAAGAUGGGACGAUAACGGUGAUAUGUACCUGACUUACACCGCGCCGGCCUUUCUUUCUCACCCAGUAACAGGAGAAAAAAUCUGGUUCAACCAAGCAAUACAACACCACUGUACUUACUCGAAAGCACUGCCACAGUACAAAGGUUCUGAUCUCCCGGAUGAGAAAUAUCCCUGUCACACCUAUUAUGGAGACGGAAGUGACAUCGAACCGGAAGUGUUACAACACGUCAGAGCAGUUUCAUGGUCAUGCGCAGUUGGGUUUCGGUGGAAGAAGGGUGAUUUAAUAGCGCUUGAUAAUCUGAACGUUCAGCAUGGACGAAUGGCCUUCACGGGAGAGAGAAAAAUACUGGUGCAUAUGACGGCAGACUGA